UUUGCCUUUCAUCCCUCCGUUCAGUUGCUUCGCUGGGCAGCAGGACUCAUCCCCACACUUUUGCAAAGACCCGGCGUGAUGCCGCUCAAGAAACCCGACCCGAAGAAGGAAGCAGCCAAACCAGCUCCAACCCCGGAGCCACCCAGAGAGCCUGCCUUCGAUCCCAAGAGCGUGAAGAUUGAAUUCACCGCAGAGCAGAUCGAAGAGUUCAAAGAAGCCUUCAGCCUGUUUGACCGGACGCCCACGGGAGCCAUGCAGAUCAGCUACGCGCAGUGCGGGGACGUCCUGCGGGCGCUCGGUCACAACCCCACCAACGCGGAGGUCCUGAAGGUGCUGGGCAAGCCCAAACCAGAAGAAAUGAACACAAAGAUGCUGGACUUCGAGACUUUCCUCCCCAUCCUGCAGCACUUCACCCGCAACAAGGAGCAGGGCACCUUCGAGGACUUUGUGGAAGGGCUGCGUGUCUUCGACAAGGAGGGCAACGGCAUGGUGAUGGGGGCCGAGCUGCGCCAUGUGCUGGUCACGCUGGGGGAGAAGAUGACAGAAAGCGAGGUGGAGCAGCUCAUGGCAGGGCAAGAAGAUGCCAAUGGCUGUAUCAACUAUGAAGCUUUUGUCAAGCACAUCAUGUCUGGCUGAAAGAAGAAACUUUAGGCUCUUGGAAGUGUUUGAACCCACCUGAGCACCAUCAACAGCAAGAUUCCUCCACCCAUGUCCCCUCUUCCCUGGAUGUCGCACAUCUGCAGGGAUGUUUCGCAUGAGCCACCACGAAGAGUUCGCCUUCACGUGUGUGUGCCUAAGCCUCAGUAUAUGACAAGAGAUCUGCAACUGAGUUUUAAACGUUAAGUUAUUCUUUUAAUUUUUUUUCCUGUGACAUUUGGCUCAUUAAAUUUCAUUCCUUCAUCCCUUAAA